AUGGCGGCGGAGUACUCGCAGCAACAGCGGACUCAGCUUGAAGCAGCUGAGCAGAGCUCCGACUGCGGCACAGACCUCAUGCAGCGUCUGGAUGCACUUUUCAACAACUUCUGGGAGAAGCUCCAGCAGCGCGCACAGCGCACCAAGACAAAGCGACAGGAUCCCAUGGACCCAAGAGAGAGGAGCUAUGGGCGGCCAGGCGAGAGGGGGACUCCCUCGGGCGCAGCACCAGACCAAAAGCUGACACUUGCGGCAAGCAACAUAGAAGUACUCCUAGUUAUGUCACAUCCUCAUACAAAACGAUUCUGA